AUGGCAAGCGAAACGCAAGUGAUGGAAGGAGAGGAGCCGGUCAGUCCAUUUGCACAGCUGUUCAGCUUGCCGGGUCUCGACGUCUUCAACAUUGUAACCAUUGGAUCCAAAACCGGAACCGAUCCAUCCACCAUUGUUGAAGGCUUAAAGAACACGUUGAUCAAACAUCCACGUUUCUCUAGCAUAUUGGUAACGGGUCACGGUGAGCAGAAAGGAAAGGCUAAAUGGAUUCCGACGCAAGUUAAAGUGGAAGAUCAUGUCAUUGUUCCGGAUAUAGAUCCAGAAAUUGAAAAUCCUGAUGAAUUUCUAGAGGAUUAUACAACAAACAUAGCUCUUUCUCCAAUGGACAUGUCCAAACCUUUAUGGGAGUUUCAUCUUUUGCUAUUUAAAACAUCACAUGCUGAAUCUAUUGCUGUGGCUAGGUUCCAUCACUCUUUGGGAGAUGGGAUGUCUCUUAUGUCUCUUUUACUCGCUUGUACUCGGAAAGUAUGUGAUCCUGAGGCAUUGCCUACUUUUGUGGCUCCAAAGCAAAGCAAAGAGAAGAAUGUGUGUUGGUCGUUGGUUGCUUGGUUAUGGUUCAUAGUUAGACUGAUGUUCCACACUUGUGUUGAAGUUAUCAGAUCUGUGAUUUUUAUGUGUUUUGCAAGGGACAUCAAAACUCAUCUUAUGGAUAAACCUGGAGGUACACUAACCACUAAUAAGUUUAUUCAUCGAAUAAUUAGUUUGGAUGAUGUCAAAAUGGUAAAGAACGCCAUGAAUACGACUGUGAAUGAUGUUCUUUUUGGGAUGGCACAAGCUGGUCUUUCACGAUAUUUGAAUGAAAGAUAUGGUAACUCAUUUACUCCUGUUUAA